AUGUCGUUGAGUCAAAAAGGGCCUCACUCCUUGCUAUCCGAUUCUUCGUUGGGCGGUUCCAAACCAGUCAAAAGCACCGCUUUGUCUCGGUUUAUGACACUUCUAGCGAUUCGAAUCCUUAAGCGCAUUCGACCUCGAGAAGGGAAUGUUCUCAUGUUGACGGACGGGAUAUGCGUGAAGUAUGGACGCCGUGUUCAUUUGUCUGAAGCAUCAACAAUGCGGUUUAUAUCACAACAUACAUCUAUCCCGGUACCAAAAGUUUUAUGUGCAUUUACUCGUUCCGGGUGGACGUACAUUGUGAUGGAGAGGAUCGAGGGAGACAUAAUUGGAAACGGCUGGGUAAAACGAAGCGAGGACUCAAAGGCGAAACUUCUUUCGCAAUUAGCAGAAAAGAUUCGCGAGAUGCGGGGCCUUCGGCCUCCAGAGGGCACAAUGAUUGCUUCUGUUGAUGAUGGAUCACUUUUUGACUGUCGUAUUCCUGGUCCUUCCUUGCGCUUCGGUCCCUUUGACACCAUCCAGGACUUUCAUAGGCAUUUACGCAUGGGCAUGGAGUUUGAUUCAAGGCUUGACACUGAUAUUCAGGAACUUAUCAAAGGACAAAGCAAGUCUUGGCCUUUGAUGUUUACUCACGGUGACCUUAGUAGCCUUAAUAUUCUUGUACGUGGAGAUGAUAUUGUCGGUAUUAUUGAUUGGGAAACUGCUGGUUGGUACCCAUCAUAUUGGGAAUACACUUCUGCCCACCUAGUUAACCCACAAAACUCUUUUUGGGUUCACGAGAUUGACAAAUUCCUACAACCAAUGCCUGAAGAGCUGGCGAUGGAACGGAUCCGCCAAAUACACUUUGGAGAUGUUUAA